CAUGCAUACAACAGUCGACACACUUUCUCAACCAAUCACGAACACCACCAGCGCGACCUGCGGAGCGUGUCCAACAAGAACAGCAGUCAACUCGUGCGAUGGCGAGCCGUGUUGUGCGUUUUUCGCUGCGCCGUGCGCCGUCACGAUUCCUCAGCACCACCUCAGCGCCAUUACCGCCACGUCCAAUCGCAGGCAGCAGCCAAGAUGCACCCCUGCACGUGGUUGGCACCGUCCUUCUCGACAGCAAGGCAGUCCCUGUCUGGAAAUUUUGGCAGCAGAACACGAAUGCGUUCGGAGCAUGGGCGAUCACCUCCAUCCUUAAGGUUGCUGGUGUUGUGCUGACUGGAUGCCUUGGCGUGUGGGGCCUGGACAGGAUGAUCAAGGGGAGCAAGCCCAUUGUCGCCUUCGACAACUCCCUGGACGACGUCAAAGCUGACGCGAAAGGCAACCGCGAAAGCACGAUCGACGUCACCGUGCACAAGCCCGUGGUGGACGAGCUCAAGAGAAAGCUGGACGACCCCAAGUUCAUGAAGGCUAUUGUCGUCCGCGGCCCAAAGAACGCCGGCAAGAGCUGGACCACCCGGUUUGCCCUUGACGCCUGUGACCCCGACAAGCUACACGUCGUGUGGGUCAAGGCGAACAACAUCACCUCGGUUUCUGAGCUGGCGGACGACCUGGAGAACGCCAUGGGUAUCAAGUGGCAUGACAGCGAUGCGCGCUCGCUUCUCAUAGAGAAACUCUUUCCCCCAGAGACUACUUCUGCCACCCUCACCACGCGCCCACUCAACGACGAACACCGCCUCAGACGCGUGCUGGACAUCCUGCAGGAGCAGGCGCGCAUGUGCAAGGCUGAGAGCAAAAAGUGCAUCGUUCUUCUCGACGACUUUGAGACUGCCGAGACAGCAGAAGACACACGCAGCCUGAACAAAGCGUUCCGCACCGUCGCCAACACCCUCGCUGGCUACGCCAAGAACAACAUCCUGCAGCCUGUGAUCGUCAGCAGCGACCCCAACAUCAGCCGCUACUUCCCACACAGGCACGACGGGGAGGUGGUCGUCGGCUGGUUGUCGAAAGCCGACGUGCGCAAGUAUGUGGAGGCAUUCUGCGGCGGCAACCGUGACCAGGAGGAGAUUGACGACAUCACAACCGCGGUGAUCAAUAACGCCGGGCGCCUGGUGUACCACGUUCGUGAAGCGUGCGACGCGAUCAAAGACCUGCCAAAGGGCACGGACGUGAAGAGGAUCAUCAAAGACGUUGCAGACAUUACUGCCCACAAAGACUUUGUUGAGAUACAGACAACAGUGCGCCAACUGGGACAGGAGGCUGCCGUGUGGCAGGCAAUCAAAGCGUGGCGUGCACACGCCGUGCAAGGUGAAGACGGGCAGUUUGAGAUACCUCCCCGCGUUGCAGACACUUUCAGCCGUGAGGCAUUAGAGGGUGUGGAGAUUCUGAUUCGAGGAGGCGUGCUGUACGACGCCGGCAACGGUGCCAUCAAGGAAGUGAGCCUCUCCCACCGCAAUGUCAUGGACCGCCUUGCUUCCAUGUUUGCCCCGCCACGCUCGGGGUGGUAUUCUUGGCUCUUUGGCUGAACAUGACUUGUCACACACCCCUGUUGCUUCACUGACCACCUGAUUGAGUGGCCUGUUUCCAACACCAUGUCGUCCCACCACUAGACUAUGUUGACUUUAUCGAUUCGUUCUUCUCACCAUCACCCUGUUGAAUUGUACUUGCCGCCACGCCGUUGUUGGUGGCCUGUGUGCUGUUGCGUUUACAAUACAUCAUUGACUCUGAACA